AUGAGGAACUUUGUUACAGGCACCACAGUUGUUUCUCUCAGGUACAGGGACGGAGUUAUUAUGGGGGCAGACACAAAAGGAUCGUAUGGCCGGCUUGCAAAGUACACGGGGCUGCAAAGAAUAUUCAAGAUGGGAGACCAAACACUCAUAGGAGUUUCAGGAGAAAUAAGCGAUAUGCAGUACUUGAAGAAGGCACUAGAGACACUUACUGAAGAGGAUCCGAGAAGAAUCGAUGCUUAUGGCUACUACAAGAUGACACAAAGAAUAAUGUACUCUGCCAGAAGCAGGAUGAGUCCAUUGAACCUGAGUGUUUGUGUUGGGGGCGUUGAUUCAGUAUGCACUGCUGAAGGGCUGAAUAAUCAAAAGACACUUGGAUGCGUAGACCAUCUUGGAAACUUCUAUUUUUCAAAUGUGGUGUGCACAGGAAUAGGAGCACAUCUUGUUCUUCCACUUUUAAGGAGUAAGGUGGAUGGAAGAGAGGACGAGAUAACACGAGAAGAGGGCAUAAGCCUGGUUGAGGAAGCAAUGAGGAUUCUUUUUUACAGGGACUGCGGUGCAUCUAAUGAGAUACAGGUAGGAUAUGCAGAUGCACAAGACGCUCAUAUUUCUGAUGCCUACCGAAUACAAACGAAUUGGGAUAUUGCCUUGAGAGAGGACGAGAUUGUGAUUGAAUAA